UCAGGCGGGGGAAGGAGCAGCUGGAGUCCCACACUUCGUCCUCUCUCCUAUCCGAAAAACGCACUAAAUGUAAUAACAACUCUCCACGCGCUUCUCUGACGCUUAUGUUGUUUUUACGCACAUCUGUGGUCUGCUAUCUGCAGAUUUUGUCGGCAGGCUGAUGGUGUUAGUCCGGCGACUGGUGAACACAGAAAACUGUGAGAAGGAGGAGAAAGAGAGACAAGAGGAAAAACUCUGGCAGCGCCGUUUUGGAGUUGGAGAAGGAGCGUAAAAAAGAAAAAAAGAAAGAAAGAAAAAAAAGUCGUCCCAAGCAACUCCAGAGGCACAUCUGCAACUUGGGAAGAGGAGGAGAACAGACGAAGACAUAUAUUUUUCUUAAGAAGACUGAAAAAACCAAGAAUUAGAGGCGAAGUCACCUAACAAGAAUUAUCCCGUCUCCAUGAGGUCUUGAGGAAUGAAAAAACGCUAUGGAAACCCAGUCCCAGGCCAGUUCAGCAGCUGAGAAGAAGAAGAGGGUGGAGACCAUCGUGGCUACAAAGGGCUCAUCAGCACGCAGUGACAUCAGCGAGAAGGCGGUGGCCUCCAGCACCACCUCAAACGAAGAUGAGAGUUCAGGCACGCCAUACCACCGUGAAAGGCGCAAUGCCAUCAGCUCCCAGGCCCCAACUCCAGGUGUCCCUGACAGGAGUGUAGCCGAGGAGCCCUCCACAUCCACAGAAGAACGUCCAUCCCUGCUUAAGAAGGAGAUUCAUGGUUCCCUACCACAUCUAGCUGACCAUGCUUUGCCAUAUCGAGGCACACUGUUUGCCAUGGACCCCCGUAAUGGCUACCUAGACUCCCAUUAUCCUGCUCCACAGUUCUUCCCCAGCUUCCAUCCUCCUGUGCCAAUAGACGACAGACAUACCCAGGGACGUUACAUCUAUGAGCCCUCCCCCGUGCCCCCUCUUCAUGUGCCUCCGGCACUGGCGGGCAGUCCGGCCUUCUCCGACAUCUCUCCCCUCAUUCGGAUCUCACCGCAGCGGAACCCACCCGUGGGGGCGGAGUCGCCCUUCCACCCUCCGCACCCGCUAUUCAACCCAUACAUGGACUACAUCCGCUCCAUUCACAGCAGCCCCUCUAUCUCCGUACUGUCAGCAACACGGGGCCUCAGCCCUGCCGAUGUGCCUCACACUAGCCUGACAACAGCUGAGUACUACCAUCAGAUGGCUCUGCUAGCAGGCCACCGAAGCCCAUACACGACUGAUCUCCUCCCGUCUGUGGCAUCCACAGCCGGGUCCAGCAGUGCCCUUCAUAUGGAGUACCUGCAGGCCAUGGACAGCUCUCGGUUCCCAAGCCCGAGGCUUCCAUCACGGCCCAGCAGGAAGCGCCCUCUGCCCAUAUCGCCGCUCUCUGAGCACAGCUUUGACCUGCAGACCAUGAUCCGCAACUCACCCAACUCCCUCGUCAACUCUUUGCUCACCAACUCACGCUCCAGCUCCUCCACCAGCGGCUCCUAUGGUCACCUCUCUGCUGGAGCCAUCAGUCCAGCAUUAAGCUUUGCCUAUCCUCCAACCCCGGUGGCCUUGCAUGUGCACCAACAGCUGAUUGGCCGUCAACCAGGCAUCGUUGGCUCUGCCUUUGGUCACAGUCCUCCCUUAGUCCACCCGACGCCGGCCUUUGCCCCUCAGCGACCCAUGCCUGGCAUCCCCCCAUCAGGGCUCAGCGCCAGCGAGCGCUCAGUCAUCUCCAACGACUCCUCACAGGCCAAACCGACAAGCGAAUCUGCUGUGAGCAGCACAGGUGACCCAAUGCACCACAAACGGUCCAAAAUGAAACCAGAAGAGGAGCUGCCGAGCCCUGGCGCGGUAAGCGUACAGGACCAUCCUGAGGGGAUGACUCUGGUGAAGGAGGAAGGAGACAAGGAUGAGAGCAAACAGGAGCCUGAGGUGGUUUAUGAGACAAACUGCCACUGGGAGAACUGUUGCCGUGAGUUUGACACCCAGGAGCAGCUGGUACAACACAUCAACAAUGACCACAUCCAUGGAGAGAAGAAGGAGUUUGUGUGUCGGUGGGAAGAAUGCUCCAGAGAGCAGAAGCCCUUCAAGGCACAGUACAUGCUGGUGGUCCACAUGCGCAGGCAUACUGGUGAAAAACCACACAAGUGCACCUUUGAAGGCUGCACCAAAGCGUACUCUCGUCUGGAAAAUCUUAAAACUCACUUGCGUUCCCAUACUGGAGAGAAGCCUUAUGUGUGUGAACAUGAGGGCUGCAACAAAGCUUUUUCCAACGCUUCAGACCGGGCAAAACAUCAGAAUCGCACACAUUCAAACGAGAAACCCUAUGUGUGUAAAAUCCCAGGCUGCACCAAACGCUACACAGAUCCCAGCUCCUUACGCAAGCACGUCAAGACGGUACAUGGGCCCGAAGCGCACGUCACCAAAAAGCAGCGCGGAGAUUACCCACGCCCUCCGCCCCAGCCGAGGGACCCUGGGGGCAACAGUCAGGGCCGGUCACCAGGGCAACUACCCCUGGGUGGGUACACGGACCAAAGGGAGUACAACCAUGCUACCUCUAAACAGGAUGAAUGUCUGCAGGUCAAAUCUAUCAAGACAGAGAAGCCCAUGACGUCUCAGCCAAGCCCUGGCGGUCAGUCUACAUGCAGCAGUGUCCAGUCCCCCGUCAGCACCUAUCCCAGCAGUGGAGUCCAGCUUGCUGUGAGCGCCGGACGCUCGCCAGGGCAGGGGCUGGAGGAGGACGAGGAGAAGGAGGAAAAUGAAGAGGAGGGAGAGGAGGAGUGUGAAGGUGAGCCAGCCCCGAUCAUGGACUCCACGGUCUCCACAGCAACUGCGGCCAUGCUGACCCUGCAGGCGAGGCGAAGCAUUGGCCGCCCCCUGCGCUGGAUGGAGCACAUGAAGAUGGAGAGGCUGAAGCAGGUGAAUGGAGCGCUGCCAAGGCUGGGGCCUUUGUCCCCUACACCACCCCCAAAAGGUUCUACAGCACCCAACAUCCUGGGGAAGGGAUCCUGUCUGGGAAAGCAGUGGGGGGUGUCUGCUCCUCAGCCACCUGCUCAUGCUGAGCUGGGCAGCACAGAGUUAACGGUGCUCAGUUUGCUCCGAGACCGGCGUGACAGCAGCGGCAGCGCCACCAGUUCAGCCUACCUGAGCAGCAGCCGGCGCUCUUCGGGCAUCUCCCCCUGCUUCUCCAGCCGACGCUCCAGCCAGGCUUCCCAGAGCGAGGGCAUGAUGACGGCCGCUCACCAUCGCCGCCUCCACAACCUGAGCUCCACCGACUCUUAUGACCCCAUCUCCACUGAUGCCUCCCGCCGGUCCAGUGAGGCUAGCCACUAUGGAGGUGGGGCAGGAGGAGGUGGUGGAGGGAUGCUCUCAAGUGGAGGCUGUGGAGGGGUAGGAGGAGUAGGCAUAGGAGGAGGGGGAGGAGGAGGAUCAAGGGGGAUGCUCAAUUUAACCCCAGCACAGCACUACCACCUUAAAGCCAAGUAUGCUGCAGCGACUGGCGGCCCACCUCCCACCCCGCUACCCAACAUGGAGCGCAUGAGCUUGAAGACUCACGUGGCCAUGAUGGAUGAGGGUGGGAGCAACCGCUGCUUGCCACCUCUUGUAAGGCCACCUCGCUGUGGUGAAGCUACCAACGGGUACAACAACGGAUCUUUAGGACAUGGAGGCUACAGGAGAAGGGUCCUCUAUCCUGGUGAGGGACUGCUGAAUGGGAACCGGAGGGCCAGUGACCCAGUGCGUACACAGGUUCCUGAAACUAUAAAUUUGCCUCCAGUGCAGCGCUUCAACAGCCUCAGUAAUCUCCACCCUCUUCCCCCUCUGACUCACCAUACACCACUGGAGUAUCGCAAUUUUACCCUGCAGAACUACACACGCUCAGAGGGCAACCUGCAGAGAGGCCUGCAACACUCACCUUACACUUCUAGCAUUGCAGAGAAUGCAGGUUUAGAAGCUCUGGCCAUGGAGGACGAUGGGGAAGUUGGUCUGUUGCUUGAGGAUGAGGAUAUAUUACCAGAUGACCUGGUGCAGUACCUCCAUUCCCAGGUUCAGAUGGACCGUGGCUCCUGCAUUCAAAAUGAGGACCAAACAGCUUCCAGUCAAAGGGACACCUCCCAUCAGUCUGUGGAGACCAUCCAGGCUUCAAGGUUAAAUGCAACCUUCUCUGGAUCCCAUAGUUUCCAGCAGCAGCAGAUAACAGAGAGGAAGAGCCCCAGUAAGCUUCCCAUCCAGUGGAAUGAAGUAAGCUCUGGAAGUACCGACAGGUCUCCUGAGAGGGAACAUAACCACCAUUCGCAGUGUGGGAGGUGGCCUAGCAUGGAACAUGGACCCACAUCUGCACCUUUUGGAAGGUUUGGAAACAUGGUGGUUCAGCAGCAGGUGUCUACUGACUUCCAGAACAGCUGCACCCAGGUUAAUCAAUCUCAAAAUCCUUGCCUUGUUAACCCUGCAGUGAAGUUAGAGACAGCCCCUAACACUUGCAUGGAGAUAAGAGGUGCUGGUGACAACUCUACAAACACCUUUGGCAGAUCAAACAUCUUGCAGAUCAUCAAUGGGCCUCUUCUCCAGGGUCUGAAACAGCACCCAUCCAAUGGACCUCAGAAACACAGCAACUUCCAGCAGAACAACAACAAUAGCACCUCUUGGCAGGUUGGAAACAAUCCAAGCCUCAGCAGGGUUUCCAUGGAAAGUCUCUCCCAGGGACCCGCUCUUUAUCACAAUCAGCUGUUACAUGUCCCUCACCCACCAAUCAAUAGUUACAGGAACCUGGUUAAAACCCAACAGUACCUCAGUCCUGAGAUCUCCAGCGAAACCCAUGCUAGCCCUAGCUCACCUCAACAGCUGCAGAGGAGUGGAGAUCAAUGUUCCCUUGCACAUCAGGUAUCUGGACUGAAACUGGAGAAUCCAGACCACAGAUACUUGGAGCAGAAUUUUGCAGACUGCCUCUCUUAUGAACCAGCAGAUUGCAAGGCUUCCUCAUUCCCUGUUCUGGAGGAUCAAAACUUGCUUGACUCCAUAGUGAAGUCUGAUGGCCCAGGUGGUGGCACUGGGAACUCGUUUGCCCUUCCCUCCCCUGGUACAGACCAGGUGACAAGCACAGUGGAUGGCCAUGUGUCUGGGGUAUUAGAUGAAGGAGUAAAUCUGGACUUUGGUGCCAUCCUGGAGGACGGCUACGACCAAGGCAGCCUAGUCUCUGGAGUGUUGAGUCCCUCCAUCUUCCAGGGCCUGUCUAGGACCUCGUCACGCCUCACCACCCCUCGAGCCUCUGCAACCUUUCACAGCAUGGCCCCUGGCCUAAACAACAUGGCCAUUGGCGAUAUGAGCUCUCUCCUCACCACUCUUGCUGAGGAGAGCAAGUUCCUAACUAUCAUGCAGUAGCUGUUUUUUCUCUCUGCUUUCUCCUCCCUUAGGAUAAAAAAAUGGGAAAAAAAGAAGAAAAGACUGGUGUAUGUGAAGAUUAAGACAUAAAAAGUGACAGUUUUAAGAACUUCAUGAUGUACUUAAAAGUGUUGUGGAACAGCAGUUGCCAAACUCUUUCAGUUUUGUAAAAAUCUCAUCCCACAAAGAACUGGGAUGUGUCAAAAAUGUGUAUAGAUAAGUAGUUAUAUUCCGUUUCUGGAAUGAAGGCUAUUUUUUGGAAGCCGCUUCUCUUUGAUGGUGAGCAAAAGCUCACUUCCUUGAAUCAGUAUUCUGUGUAUUGUCGCUGUUUUUGCUGUAUACCCUGUUUGUAAAAUUGCAUGUACUCAAGCUAAACAUUAAACACUGUCUAUAUAUGUA